AUGCGGACUUCUCCUGUACUGUUCAUGGCCCAGAGAGUUGACAGCAUCAUCGAUCCAGACAAGUUUCCGAGUUGGUUGCAGUUGGUGAGAGUCACAGCAUUAGUCAUACGUUUUAUAAAGAGACUGAAGCGGUGUGCUGUUAAAUCUCGGGUCGAUGAACUAAGGGAGGCUGAGCAGUACUGGAUAAAAGAGGCCCAGCAGGUGUUCACGGAGGAUCUGAGCCAUUUGAGUAAACGUGAACCAGCUCGGGGAAGACUAAAGCCAUUGGUACCCUUCCUUGAUGCCGAAGGUGUUAUGCGUGUUGGAGGUCGCCUCCAGAAGUCCAGCCUACCUUACGAGACCAAGCAUCAUGUAAUCCUGCCGAACAAGCAUCGCAUCACUCAGCUUGUUGUGGCACACUACCAUGUGCUUGGUCACCAUGUGCGAGGAGUGAAUGGAACAUUGGCUGACAUCCGUGCAAAGUACUGGAUAGUGCACGGUAGAGAAGAAGUGAAACGAUGGGAGCGAACAUGCUACACAUGUAAGCUGAUGAAAAAGAUAAAAGGACAGCAACUGAUGGCUCCUUUGCCUGAUUUCCGAGCAACAAUCCUAGUGCGAGCCUUCAGUAGAUGUGGAGUUGAUUACGCUGGUCCGUUUUUUGUGAAGAUUAGUCGAAAGACCAGUGCGAAACGCUAUAUCUGCCUGUUUACCUGCACUACUAGCAGAGCUGUGCACCUUGAAGUCGCGUAUUCGCUCGACACAAGCAGCUUCCUGAAUGCGUUUUCCCGAAUGGUCGCGAGACGCGGGAAACCGGAGUUUGUCGUCUCCGAUAAUGGAACUAAUUUUGUGGGGCGAACCGAGAGUUGA